GUCAGCUCUCAUCUUUGUUCUUCAUGUACUACAGGCUAUUUUCUGUAGUUAACUCAGAAGCCAUGUAGACUUGCCUGCCCUUUGAAGACAUACUUUUUAAGACUUCUAGGAAGAUAAGCUGCACUGUUGAGAGUUUUUACAGAAUAUAAUCGUGUGUGUUGUGAGAGAGAGAGAAAUGGAAGUAUUCCAGGAACUCCGUAAACCGUCAUCACGUUUGGAGUGUGACCACUGCAGUUUCCGAGGCACGGAUUAUGAAAACGUGCAAAUCCACAUGGGCACCAUCCAUCCAGAAUUUUGUGAUGAAAUGGAUGCUGGUGGGUUAGGUAAAAUGAUAUUUUACCAGAAAAGUGCAAAGCUAUUCCACUGCCAUAAGUGCUUCUUCACCAGCAAGAUGUAUUCUAAUGUGUACUAUCACAUCACAUCCAAACAUGCAGGCCCAGAGAAGUGGAAUGAGAAACCAAAAAAUCAGCUAAGCAAAGAAACAGAUCCUGGGAAAAGCCCUCCUCUUUCUGAUCACCAGAAAAUACCCUCUAAUUCAGCAGAACUCCCAAAACCCAUACCUGCCCUUUCUGUAGAAACACAGAAACUUGGCCCAAUUUUGUCUCCAGAAUCACCAAAACCUACACCUCUCACUUCCCUGGAGCCUCAGAAGCCUGGCCCUGUUGUUUCUCCUGAGCCACAGACACCUUCUCUUCCUUCUCCUGAGCCUCCAAAAUCUGCCUCUAUUUCUUCUCCUGAACUUCCAAAACCAGUCCCUAUUGUUUCUGAGUCUCAGAAACCAGUCCCUAUUCCUUCUCCAGAACCACAGAAACUUGCCCCUAUAUCUCCUGAGCCAGUAAAGGCCACUCUUAUUAAUCCUAAACCCCAGAAACACUCCCAUUUCCCAGAAACAUUGGGGCCACCUUCAGGCUCAUCUCCAGAGUCACCAGUUUUGGCGGCUUCCCCUGAACCUUGGGGUCCAUCCCCAACUGCAUCUCCAGAGUCUCGGAAACCAGCCCGGACUAUCUCCCCUGAGCCAAGGAAACCAUCCCCAUCGGAGUCUCCUGAACCUUGGAAGCCAUUCCCUGCUGCCUCCCCAGAGCCCAGAAGACCAGCCCCGGCUGUGUCACCAGGUUCUUGGAAGCCAGGGCCACCUGGGUCCCCAAGGUCUUGGAAAUCCAGUCCUUCGGCGUCAUCGGGACCUUGGAAGCCAGCUAAACCUGCUCCAUCUGUGUCUCCUGGUCCUUGGAAGCCAAUUCCUUCUAUCUCACCUGGGCCAUGGAAACCAACUUCCUCUGUGUCCCCCGCAUCCUGGAAGUCAUCGUCGGUCUCACCUGGUUCCUGGAAGUCUCCCCCUGCGUCUCCUGAGUCGUGGAAGUCUGGCCCACCAGAACUCCGAAAGACAACUCCCACCUUGUCUCCUGAACAUUGGAAGACAGUUCCCUCAGUGUCCCCUGAGCUUCGUAAAGCAGGACCUCCCUUGUCUCCUGAGCUUCGCAAACCAGGCCCACCAUUGUCCCCAGAGAUCCGCAGUCCAGCGGGAUCUCCAGAGCUCAGAAAACCUUCAGGGUCUCCAGAGCUUUGGAAGCUUUCUCCUGAUCAGCGAAAAACUUCCCCUGCUUCACUUGAUUUUCCCGAGUCCCAGAAAAGUUCCCGUGGUGGUUCCCCUGAUCUCUGGAAGUCUUCCUUUUUUAUUGAACCUCGGAAACCUUCUGGACCAUCUGAGUCCCCUAAGGCAGCCUCCGAUAUCUGGAAGCCUGUUCUCUCUCUUGAUACUGAACCUAGAAAACCUGCCCUGUUUUCAGAGCCCACCAAAACAGCCCCUCCAGCUUCUCCUGAACCACGAAAACGUGCUCUUUUUCCAGAGCCCCGGAAACAUGCCCUUUUCCCUGAACUUCCCAAAUCUGCUAUCUUCUCAGAAUCUCAGAAGGCAGUUGAGCUUGGUGAUGAACUACAGACAGAUGCCAUAGAUGAUCAAAAGUGUGAUAUUUUGGUUCAGGAAGAACUACUAGCUACACCUAAGAAACUCUUAGAAGACACUUUAUUUCCUUCCUCAAAGAAGCUCAAGAAAGACAACCAAGAGAACUCAGAUGCUGAGCUUAGUAGCAGUGAGUAUAUAAAAGCAGAUUUAGAUGUGAUAGACAGCAAGGGCCAAGAAUCAAGCAGUGAUCAAGAGCAGGUUGAUGUAGAAUCUAUUGAUUUUAGUAAAGAGAACAAAGUGGACAUGACUAGUCCAGAGCAGUCCAAAAGUGUAUUACAAUUUACUGAAGAGAAAGAGGCUUUUAUCUCUGAGGAAGAGAUUGCAAAGUAUAUGAAGCGUGGAAAAGGAAAGUAUUAUUGCAAAAUUUGUUGCUGUCGAGCUAUGAAAAAAGGUGCGGUUUUGCAUCAUUUGGUUAAUAAGCAUAAUGUUCAUAGCCCUUACAAAUGUACAAUUUGUGGAAAGGCUUUUCUUUUGGAAUCUCUCCUUAAAAAUCAUGUAGCAGCCCAUGGGCAGAGUUUACUUAAGUGUCCACGUUGUAAUUUUGAAUCAAAUUUCCCAAGAGGCUUUAAGAAACAUUUAACUCACUGUCAAAGCCGGCAUAAUGAGGAAGCAAAUAAAAAGCUAAUGGAAGCUCUUGAACAGCCCCUGGAGGAGCAGCACAUUUGA